GUUAAACCACGCCUCAGCUACGCUGCCUGUACGUUGUCUGUCGUGGUGGAUUUCUGACAGAGGUGAAAGCAUGCCGCUACGAUCAGCUGUCCGUGUUAUUAGUACCCCUUUGAGGGCUGUUCUUCGACCCUCAGCUGCAAACCCCAGCCGAGGAUAUUCUGCUGUUGCACAAGCCCGUUCUGUGUUGGAACAUGAACUUGACACAAUCCGAGCGGCAGGCACUUGGAAGGGAGAGCGAGUGAUCACUUCUAAACAGGGACCACAUAUCAACGUGGACGGCAGUCGUGGUGAUAUAUUGAACUUCUGCGCAAACAACUAUCUGGGUUUGUCCAGUCACCCAGAGGUUGUCAAGGCGGGCAUUGAAGCCUUACAGAAUUAUGGCGCCGGACUGAGUUCUGUCAGAUUCAUCUGUGGCACACAGAAUAUUCACAAGGACCUGGAGAAGAAGCUCGCCCAGUUUCAUGAACGGGAGGACUGUAUCCUGUAUGCUAGCUGUUUCGACGCCAACGCUGGACUUUUUGAGGUGCUGUUAGGACCUGAUGAUGUGGUGCUCUCAGAUGAGCUCAAUCAUGCGUCCAUCAUCGAUGGCAUCAGACUGUGCCGAGCCAAGAGAAUGCGCUACAAACACAUGGAUCUGAAUGACUUGGAGGAACGACUGAAAGAGGCCCAGUCGUCACGCCUGCGUCUGGUCGUCACCGAUGGUGUGUUCUCAAUGGACGGUGAUGUGGCACCACUGAAGGGAAUUUGUGACCUGGCUGAGCAGUAUGGAGCCAUGGUCUUCAUCGACGAGUGCCAUGCUACUGGUUUCCUGGGCCCUAGGGGCAGAGGUACAGAUGAGAUGCUGGGCGUCAUGGACCGCGUCCACAUUGUCAACUCAACUCUGGGGAAAGCCCUGGGUGGAGCAGCUGGUGGGUACACAGUGGGGCCCAAGCCUUUAAUUGACCUUCUGAGGCAACGAUCACGCCCAUACCUUUUCUCAAACUCUCUUCCCCCGCCCGUGGUGGCCUGUGCCACCCGAGCUGUGGAGCUGCUCCUGGCGUCCAAUGAAAUCGCUCAGAGCAUGGCCGCUAAAACCAUGAGGUUCAGAAAUGCUAUGACCCAAGCUGGCUUCACCAUUUCUGGAACCGCCCAUCCCAUUUGCCCUGUGAUGCUAGGCGAUGCACGGCUAGCUUCAUUGAUGGCCGAUGACAUGCUAAAGUUAGGUGUGUAUGUGAUUGGAUUUUCCUUCCCUGUGGUACCCAAAGGGAAAGCCCGUAUUCGUGUGCAGAUCUCAGCGGCACACACUGAUGAGGACAUUGACCGCACCGUAGACUCCUUCAUUCAGACAGGCCGCAAGCAUGGUGUAAUUUCCUAACCAGAGCAACAAGAGAACAGCAUCAACUGUUACAGCUACGGGAAUCAGGGAAGGGGGCUUGCACAGAAACUACUGUUACAGACAGAUUUAAAAUGCUGAUCUUAUAGAUGGCGAGGGUUGGCGUCAAGAAAGCUGAUAGCGUUUACAAAAAUGAAAGGCCAGUCGUGAGUUGCAUUUGCUUUAUAAGUGCCCAAUAAAUAACUUUGUUAAGAAA